AUGACACAAAAAACGGACUUGCAACGUUUGGGUAUAUUCAAAGAACUAUCGUAUCAUACAAUUGGGGAUCCGUACGUGCCGUUCGCGACCACAAUCAAAACAAAUACAUCCAGCAAUAAAGGACUGGCUCCGAUGUAUUUGGCCGGAGGUUAUUCGAAAACCAAGGCAGCCAACUCGGAUGGAUAUUUUCAUCCGUUCGAAUCGGCUUUCAUCGGUGAUGGUGGUAUGACCUAUGCCGAUUUGCAACGUCAGGAACGGAAGGCAAACAAAGCCAAAAUGAUCGGUGGACGUGACUGGAUUCCAGCCAGUGGACAUAAAAAUCGUUCUGGUGUUGGAAGUACCAUUGGAAAUUUUCAAGAGGUUCACACCGCAAUGGAUCCGACCACAAAAGUUCCACAAAAAGUACCUGUAUUGAAGAAUUUCUAUACCAAUCCGGGGAAAAAGGGUACUGGUUAUGGAUAUCCAGAUGUUUGUAUGAAUCCAUUCCCGGCCUGGCAAGCGGGUGACACGGGUUUGGGCGCGGCUCGUCGAAUUUUCGAACAGGCUCGAGCUGAGCACGCGACGAAAUUGAAAGGCCGUGCAGAGUUUGUUUCAACUUGUCGUUCGUUGGACGCGUUCGAAAAUAAUCCAUGGGCAUCGGGAGACCCGUUGGCUCCAGGCGGUCCAAGUAAUCUGAAAUUCGGUAUUGCCGCUUUCCCGAAAUCUAUGAUCAUCGGGCCUACCUUUAUACCAUCCAGUCCGGCCAAACACGAUGGAGGCAUGAAAGCGGGUACAAUCAAUCGAUUUCCCGAGUAUACGAACGAGCCUUAUGUGGAUCCACAUCACAUCGGCCGAAGAGAUAAAACCAAAUAUGUGGGCGGAGAAUGGAUACCGAACCGAUGCACGGCAGUGGUUGUUCCACAACCAUCGAUUGUGAACAAGAACACCAUGUUGCGUAUCAACCCGAGAACACGAAAAACUCGACAAAGAGUUUGGGAUCUAUGUUGA